AUGGAGGACGCCGAAGUGGUUUGCCAGCAGCUGGGCUGUGGCUCGGCUGCCGGUGCCUACUCCGCCCGCGAGAGCUUCGGCGAAGGGGACGGGCCCGUCAGUCUCUUGUUCGUGAAUUGCAAUGGGAACGAGGCCAGGCUCUGGGACUGCUGGAUCGGUGGCUGGGGACCCUUUAAUGUCAACAUCCAUGACGGGGACGCUGCCGUUAUGUGCCAAGGAAUUGUCCAGUCCGUGCGGCUGGUGGAGGGCGAGACUCGGUGCAAUGGGUGGCUGGAGUUGUCCGUGAGCGAAGGGUCGUGGCGCCGCGUGCCAGGAGAGCUGUACCUCCUCCGGAAUUUUAGCAAUGUCUGCUGGGAGCUGGGCUGUGGAGCGCUGGACGGGACCGAUGGUGUCGCUGGUACGGUUUUCCUAACUAGGAUCAACAGGACGGAGAUGGUCAUCAUGGAUCAUGUGCUCGAAAUCAUCCAGGGCAUGACCACUGUGCUGCCCCGAAACUCCGACCUGCCGGAAUACUUAUAUCAGGAUACCGUACAUGCUAAUUCCUUACGGCGGUGGAUGACAACUGCACCAGCUCACAUCCCUCACGGGGUGGCCAUCGCCUGCUCAGGCAGCCGGCAGGUGAGGCUGGUGGGGAGCUCAGGGCGCUGUGCCGGGCGCGUGGAGGUCUAUUCCGGUGGCAGCUGGAGCAGCGUGUGCCAGGAAGGCUGGGAGCUGCAGGACGCUGCCGUUGUGUGCCGUGAGCUGGGCUGUGGCACGGCCCUGGAGGCGCCGAGCUGGGCGCGCUUCGGUGCCGGCACGGGGCCGCUGUGGCCGUACAUGGCCGAGUGCUCCGGGAGCGAGGAGUCUCUCUGGGAAUGCGGGCGCUCGGAACAGCGCGAGUGCGGGCGCGGCCUCGGGGCAGGGGCCGUGUGCUCAGAGCAGAUGUCGGUGCGGCUGGCAGGCGGCCGCGGGCGCUGCCGUGGCUACCUGGAGGUGUCCUAUAACGGCACCUGGGGCCGCGUGUGCUCCGACGGCACCAGCACCGGCACCGCCGCCGCCGUGUGCCGCCAGCUGGGCUGUGGGCACCGGGGCUGGCUGUCGGCCAACUCCACCCAGCAGGCGUCCCGUGCCUGGCUGGCCUGGGUGGGCUGCGAGGACGGGGCCCGCUCACUCUGGGGGUGCCCCUCGGCACCCUGGCAGCUGCAGAGCUGCGGCGCUGGCGGGCACGCCCACGUGGAUUGUGAGGAGGACAGCGAUGGCAGCAGCGGGACAGACACCAGCCCAUAUCCGGAGGGUGCCAGCAGCACAGGUGUCCCCAGCAGCAGCACGCUGGCAGUGGGCGUGGGGACGGUGCCUGUGCCGACUGUGCUGUGCGUGGUGCUGGGGACGCUGCUGUGCCUGGCCCUGGGUGCCCUGGCCGUGCUGCUGUGCCGUGCCCGUGCCUGGCGCCGAGGCCGUGGCAGAGCUGCAGAUGCCAUCUCCAACGCUGUCUACGAGGAGCUGGACUACACGGCCAUGCCGGAGUACCAGGAGGUGCCCAGUGGCCCAGGUUCCCUGUCACAGGGAUGGGACAAGAAGCUGCCGUAUUCCAGCGGGGACAGCGUGGGGGGAUCUACAAGGGACCUCUCGGAACAGCCCCCAGGGCUCUCGGACUAUGAUGAUGUCGGCAGCAGCGCCCUGAAGACGGCGCCGUGA